AGGCAGGAGGAGCAGGAGGUCAGCAGCUCUCCGUCCUCCAGGUUCCUGCAGGUGGAGCUGGAGCUGAACGCUCACCUCCGCCGGCUGACCUUCAGCGGGCCGGUCCGCUACACCUACAGCCCGCUGGAGUACGCCUGGGACACGCACCGCUGCUACGUGGACAGGUACUGCCAGGCCGGACAGAGGGUGCUGUUCUUAGGCAUGAACCCAGGGCCGUUCGGCAUGGCACAGACCGGGGUCCCCUUUGGAGAAGUGAGGGCGGUUGUUGAUUGGCUGAAGAUCACAGGGGAGGUCGGCCACCCUGAUGACGAGCAUCCAAAGCGGCGGAUCACAGGACUUGCCUGCACUCAGAAAGAAGUGAGUGGAGCACGUUUCUGGGGCUUCUUCAGGAACUUGUGCGGUGAACCAGCGCUGUUCUUCAAGCACUGCUUUGUUCACAAUCUAUGCCCGCUCAUUUUCAUCAGUGCCAGCGGGAAGAACUUAACCCCCCCCGAGCUGCCUGCAGGUGAGCGAGAGGCCCUCCUGGCCCUGUGUGACAUCGCACUGUGCCAGGCAGUGGAAGCACUGGGCGUCUCCAUGGUGAUCGGGGUCGGGAGGGUAGCAGAGCAGCGGGCGCGGCGAGCUCUGUCUGCUGCAGGUAUCAAGGUGCAGGUUGAGGGCCUCAUGCAUCCGUCACCCAGGAACCCACAAGCCAAUAAGGGCUGGGAAGAAGUUGCCAAAAAAAAGCUGGAAGAACUUGGUGUCUUGUCGUUGCUGAGCAACAUGUGAGCUAGUCAACCGUCACUGAUGGUUGACUAGCUCACUCUGACAAUGGAUCAGGAUGUGAGGAGUUUGAGUAAAAGACUGUGAUUUGAUCAACGGGUGAAUGUACUGCUAAAAAAGUACAGACUCACAUUUCUCCUCCCAGCUCAGUGUGUGUCUGAGCAGCGUAACACACAGAGGCCUUCCAAGUCUGCCAUCACUUCUGCUGUAAACACUUCUGUUUAGCAACGUUUUGUACCUCUUUAAGGAUCCUUCGGUUCUUUUGAGAUGGCUUUUUCUUUAUUUGUUAGUGCAUGCUGUGUACGGCACCAGGCUCCCUAAACACUACUGUUAGCAUAAGAUGCUCUGGAUAUAUUAUCAAGGAUGUAGUCAAAGUGUAAUAUCAGGGUGUUUAUUUUGAUAAUGUAUUUUAUUUUGUUGAUAUUUACACUGAUUUUUCCACACUUUGACCAGCUCUCUUGCAGUUCAAAUAA